UGCGUAUGAGAACACGCUUUACAAUCCUACAGUCCUUGGUGUGACCAACAACUGUGAGAAGAAGAUGCUGAAGUUCAUUUGUCUUACUCUCCUGGCGGCCACGGCGAGCGGCCAAGGGACAGGCUUUCCCUGCGAGGGUCGGGCUGACGGCGUGUUUGCGGACCUGGAGGACUGCACGGUGUACCACCUGUGUCACGGCGGGCGGGACUACCAGAUCCGCUGUCCGGACGGCUACUUCUGGAACGACGAUGUCCACUCCUGUAGACUGGCGGACAUCGCGCAGUGUUGCUCCGGCCAGGGCGUGUGCGAGGCGACGUCAUACGCGGAAGACGUGACGCUUCUGGCGGGCAGGGUGCAGACUCUCGAGUCGGACUCAGCGGACGUGCAGGGACAGGUCAGCAGUCUGACCACCGAGAACACCGCUCUCCGGACACAGCUAACGUCACUGAAGGACAGGACCAACAAUCUGACCGUUGAGAACGUCGCACUGCGGACACAGGUGACGUCACUAAAGAUGGUAGCGGCUGGCCUACAGGAUCAGCUGAAUAACAUUUCAGUGCCGAUCGUUCCACGGACCACCAUCAGUGUCAAAGUUGUCUCUGCUGGCUUUGACGACCCCGGCUACCUGGGCGGAAGGGCGGAGGUCUUCGUGGAUGGAGUGCAGUAUGCCAUGAACGGCCGUGGCUAUAACCUGGUGACGGUGAACGAAAUGACUGGCCAGAUGGAACAUUCCGUACGGUUUGACACUCACGGGGACCAGGCAGCCGGAGUGGCGCUGCGAGACUUCAUCCGCGGAGUUCCAGUUGGCCGUAUUGUGCUGAUCGCCGUGCAUGAUGAGGCCAGUACAUUCUCGGGUGACGCCAUGGCAGAACUCAACUCCCUGGGGGCCUUCUCACCAGAUAUCGCCCACCGCACGUCCUGGGCCAUGAUCAGUAAGAAGGGCAGUAAAACGUCCUGGUUUGUGGAGGACGAGCGGGACCGCUAUGCCGGGCCGACUGUCAUCGAGGCAGAGAUCCCGCUGUCUAUCUGAGAAUGCCACCAAAACCUAGAUGGAACCUCCCAGCUUCUCCGUAUAAAUUCCACUUAAGUUGAAUUAAACUAAAAGUGACUCAGCAGCAAUAAUCUCCAAUGUCCUGCCAUGAUUCCUUUGUUUUAUUGUUAUGUAGCACACAUGGACAUCAAGAUUGUAUUGAAUGUAGACUGGACUGAAAACGUCCUCCUGCCACUUAAAUAUACAUAAAAAUAUAAGCACCAACAAGCAUAAAGGUUUAGGUCCUGGACUUUGAAGUAACUCUCACCUAUAAGACUCAAGUUUCAGACUGAACACUUUCAGGAUGGAUCCUCAGAGGUAGAACCCAGGCCACAUGGCCUAAACAUAGAUUGUCAGUAAGUUGGACAUUUUGGUAUAGAUAUCCAAUUAAUUUCAAGAGGUGAACUAUGAACUGCUCAUGUAUGGUCAUGUGUCAAAUGAAGUCUUUGAGGCAAGAGUAACUUGGCAGUCCUUUUGGACCGUUUUUUCCAGGUACAUUUGGCUUCACCAGGAGCUAAGGUACCCUGUGUAACAUUUGGUGUACGGUGUACUGCAAGGCUGAACAUGCUUUGCAACAUGAUUUAGAACAAUUCAUACACCUAUGCACUCAUGCAUGGUAUGAGCUAAAGGAAAAUAAAAGUACAUCUUGCUA